CCUAAGAGAUGAAGUUGCUAAUAAGGUAGAAUGGCCACAAAAUUCUGUUGAUGUCACUUGGAGUUUUACCUCGCAAACCUUGUUGUUGCUAUUGUGCUUAAAGGAAACCAUGAUCCACCUUGCAGCUGAUUUCAAUCCAGGUAAACCCAACCCUAGGACUCCAGAAGUUGCUCCUGCCCUGAGCCCUGACACACUUAGUAUCUCACAGCAGAAGACUGUCCAGUCUGUUUUGCAGUUUGUAGUUACCUUGGGUGUCUGCCCCUAUCUCAUGCCGGGUGUUGGAGUCCCUUUGAGAUACAGGACUGAGUUUGGUGCCGUUGUUCAAGAUCUGGUGUGUCUUGAUGCUGCCCCCCAUGCAACCCGGAGACUGUACACCACCUGCAAGGUACUUCUCAAUGUUGCUAAGCAUGCAUCUCUGGGGAGCUUGAUUUUCUGCCGCCAUUUUGGGGAUAUUGCUGCAGGUCUUUGCCAGCUGGGAUUCUGCCCUGCCAAACGAAAACCACCAACAUCUGCGGAAGAGGUUUUAACCGAAGAGGAAAGAACCCUAUCCAGGGGGUUCUUGAGAGACAUCUUGGAUCAAGUGUAUCAACCAUUAGCAGUCCGGGAAUUACUUAUCCUCCAGGGAGGACCACUCCAGCCCUGCACAGAUGUGAAGACACAGCUUAGGUGUCAGGCCCCAGCUUGGCUCCGGCGUCUCUGUGGGCAGAUGCUCUCUGAAAGGUUGAUGAGACCCAGUGGUGUGCAGGCAGUGGUCCGGGGCAUUUUGGAAGGAGCAGGUGCUGGGGCAGCUGGCGGGAGUGAUGCUGAGGCGACAGCUGCUGACUGGAAGAAGUGUGACUUGAUUGCAAAGAUUUUGGCCUCUUGUCCCCAGCAGUGUCUUUCACCAGAGAAUUACUACAGGCAUAUUUGCCCCCAGAUUCUGGAUUUAUUUCACUUUCAAGAUAAAUUGACAACACGACAAUUUCAGAGAGUUGCCACUACUACCUUUAUAACUAUGUCAAGAGAACGCCCACAACUGGCAGCAAAGUAUUUGCUUCAGCCAAUGUUAGCUCCUCUUCAUCGAUGUUUGAAUACAACAGAGAUUCCAGAGAGUGACCUGGUGCCUGGGACCAUUUUGGUAACAGAAGAAGAAUUUAGUAGAUGUAUUGAGGAUGUGUUUAAGGUGUAUGUGGUUGGGAAUGAACCUUUAUCAGUUUUGGUGGAUUCCCUUCUUCCAGUCCUGGGAGUAUUCUUUUCUCUCUACUGUUUUACCAAGCAGAGUGUGUCUCAUAUAAGGUCACUUUGCCAAGAGAUCUUAUUAUGGAUUCUAGAGAAGCUGGAGAGGAAGAAGGCAAUUGCUAGCCUGAAAGGAUUUGCAGGGUUGGACAAAUCUGUGCCCUCUCUCCAUUCUCUGUGUCAGUUUAGAGCUGCCACUCAAGGUGGCAUUAUGAUCACCAUCAAAGAGGCCAUUAGUGAUAAAGAUGAAGAUGAAGUCUUGUACCAGAAGGUGUCCUCAGAGCAGGGCCAGGUAGAGCAUCUUGGAGACUUGCUUUCCCACUGCGAGGAGUGUGGUUUGGCUGGAGACUUCUUCAUCUUCUGUUUGGAGGAGUUGACUCAUGUGGCCAUGGAAAAUGAAGCAGAAUUUAAAACUAAGCCCUUCUCCAGCAAAAGCCUCUUGGAAUUAGAGCAACAUCAAACUCUUCUUGUGGAAGGCCAGGAGCGGAAGCUGCUGGUCCUGCAGCUGGUGGCUGUUCUGUGCGAGAGAAUGUCUGAACAGAUAUUCACAAAUAUCACUCAGAUAGUGGACUUUGUAGCAGCAACUCUGCAGAGAGCGUGUGCAAGCUUGGCCCAUCAGGCAGAGAGCACCGUGGAAUCGCAGACACUGAGCAUGUCCAUGGGACUGGUGGCUGUCAUGCUAGGAGGAGCUGUUCAGCUGAAGUCAAGUGAUUUUGCUGUCCUGAAGCAGUUGAUGCCUCUUUUGGAAAAGGUCUCCAACACGUACCCUGAUCCUGUCAUCCAAGAACUCGCUGUUGAUCUCCGCAUCACCAUUUCUACCCAUGGAGCCUUUGCCACUGAGGCUGUCAGUAUGGCUGCCCAAAGUACCCUGAACAAAAAAGAUCCAGAAGGGAAAAUAGAAGAGCAGCAACAAACCAGUCAUGAACGACACACCAAUGUAUCUCACAGUCACCUGGAACGACAGCAAAGCCAUGAGAAAUACCCCCAAACUGGCCCGCAGUGUAAUGCUCCAUUCAUUCUCCAGGAGGUCAGUGAGCCCAGCACUGCUACAAACCAGAAAUCUGAAAGCGUAACCACAGAACAGCUCCAGCAGGUUCUUUUAUCAGCUUAUGAUCCUCAAAUUCCAACACGGGCUGCUGCCUUGCGUACUCUUUCCCACUGGAUAGAGCAGAGAGAAGCAAAAGUCCUUGACAUACAAGAGAAGCUCCUCAAGAUAUUCUUGGAGAACUUGGAACAUGAAGACACUUUUGUAUAUCUGUCUGCGAUUCAAGGAGUUGCCCUGCUCUCAGAUGUGUACCCUGAGAAAAUCUUACUUGACCUGUUGGUUCAAUAUGACAGUGGCAAAGACAAGCACACGCCAGAGACCAGAAUGAAAGUUGGGGAAGUCCUGAUGCGAAUUGUCAGGGCAUUAGGGGACAUGGUCUCAAAGUACCGAGAACCUUUGAUCCAUACCUUCCUAAGGGGAGCAAGAGAUCCAGAUAGUGCUCACCGGGCCAGCAGCUUAGUCAACCUUGGAGAACUGUGUCAGAGGCUGGACUUUUUGCUGGGUGCUGUGGUUCAUGAGAUAACAGCUUGCCUGAUUGCUGUGGCUAAAACAGACCGUGAAGUUCAAGUGCGCAGAGCUGCCAUCCACGUGGUUGUGCUCCUGCUUCGGGGACUCAGCCAGAAAGCUACUGAGGUGCUGAGGGAUGUCCUCAAGGAUCUCUACCACCUGCUGAAGCACGUGGUGCGUUUGGAGCCCGAUGACGUGGCCAAGCUCCAUGCACAGCUGGCCCUGGAAGAGCUGGAUGAGAUCAUGAGAAACUUCCUGUUCCCACCACAGAAGCUGGAGAAGAAGAUUGUGGUCCUGCCAUAGAUUUGAUUCAGAAGAUGUGGAGGAGGCAGACGGGGACCAAGCAGUCAGAGCGAUGCCCAGGCCUUCCAGCAGGUCUCCCUGCUGUCUCUUUGGUGCUCACACUAUGGCCAACCCUGGAGGUGGCUUUAUGAUACUGGUCACUUGGGUCUUCAGGCUGACUUUCCUGAAAUAUCUAUUUAGCCAUCCUGCAUCCAGUCCAAAGCAUGUGCAGUUAAAAGAAACAAUUACAAAUCUGACAAAUCGGGACAUUCUUCACUGUCCUGUAGCAUAUAGAGAAGGAUGUCCACCCACUGGAUGUAUAUAUUUUAGUUGUUUUUGUUGUUUUGGUGGCUGACCAGUAUGUGGAUCCAUACCCUUCACCUUGGUGUUACAGCAUCGCACUCUAACCAACUGAUCUAACUGGCCAGCCCUAUUUUUAACAUGACUGAUAGAAUCUGAUUAUUUGACCAUUCUCUUGCUACUUGAGAGGAGGCUGGCCACCCAUAUGUCACAUAUCUUGAUUUUCAUUUGUGGUGAGAUCAUUCUUGUGAUAAUGAGCAGCAGGCAGAACUGGUCAUCCUCGCUGGCUAAAGAGGCAUUUCAGAGUACAAGAUGCAGUUGGAGGUGGGGAGGGGAAUGAAAUAGUUAUCAAAACAUGUAAAGUGGAAUAAAAUUGUGUUGGCUGGAAAGAA